AAAUAUCUAUGAACACCCAUUUUGUCCACCAUGUGGGAAUUACAUUUCUUUCAAAACCCAGAACUAAGAACGAACCCUUAAAAAUCAUCAUUUUUGUUUCACCAACACACAUACACAAAUACUUACAAAAGAAGUGACAAGAACAAUCUGAAAUGGGUUCAUCCAAGUUCAUGCGCCCAAAACAAGAAAAACAUGGCGGAGUUGGAGAAGAUAAUGGAAACUUAGUAAGCUCUGACCUUUACGUUGCUAAUUGUGGGCCUGCAGUGGGUCUCUCAUACGAGGUCAUAUCAAUGGCGUUCACUCAAUUCGGAGAGGUUAAAGGUGUUUACGCCGCAGAUGAAACUGAUACUCGAGUUAUUGUCUCAUUUUCCGAUGUGGGUUCUUCUCAAGCAGCUUUUAAUGCUUUUAAUGGUCGCCAUUGUUCGCAGCUUGGUGGUCGCUUUUUGCAUAUGCGCUACUCUGUGCCGAGACCGUCUUUGCCGAUACGUGACCAUGAUUUCGUGGAUGUAUCUUUGACUGCUGAAGAGCUGAAUAUACCUGGCCUUCACUUGUUUCAUGACUUCAUUACUCCAAAAGAAGAGGAGGAACUACUUGCAGCAGUUGAUUCCAGGCCUUGGAUAAGUUUAGCAAAACGGAGAGUUCAGCAUUAUGGCUAUGAGUUCUGUUAUCAAACAAGGAAUGUUGACAUAACAAAGUCUUUGGGUGGGCUUCCAUCAUUUGUUUCACCUGUGCUCGAAAGAAUCUCAGCAUCUUCUCUUCAUGAUGCUGCAACUAUAAACUUGGACCAGCUAACAGUUAAUGAAUACCCACCAGGCGUGGGCUUGUCCCCUCAUAUCGACACUCAUUCAGCAUUUGAAGAUAAGAUUUUCAGCCUUUCAUUAGCAGGGCCUUGCAUUAUGGAAUUCAGGAGAUAUCAAGGAGGUAAUUGGCAAUCUGAUUCUGAUCCUCCGAUGAGUGAAUUUAUGCACAAAGGCAGUCCGGAGGAGUCCAGAAAUUUCUUAAGGAGAGCUAUACAUCUACCCCCACGGUCAAUUCUUCUAUUAUCAGGGGAGGCACGUUACGCAUGGCAUCAUUACAUUCCACACCAUAAGAUUGAUAAUGUGAAAGACAACCUGAUCCGGAGGGCCUCAAGACGGGUUUCUUUCACUCUGCGCAAGGUCAGAACAGGACCUUGCUGCUGUGAGUAUGGUCAGUACUGUGAUUCUCGGAGAUAGAGAUUCAGUUCAGAGUGAUUAUUAACAUGAUGUGACAGCUUAGCAUCAAUUCACUGAGACGACUGCAUUGGUGAUGUCAGUUUUCUUACUUCCAAUGUCAGUUUUCUUACUUCCAUCUCGUCGUUUGUCAAAAUUGGAAUUUGCGCUAGUAAAGAGAUUUGUUAACUUUGAGAUCUAUAAUCUCACUCGUUACGAAAAUUGAAAUAGAAGACGCACUCCUGCAAAAUUUUCAUCAAGUGUCUGUGAUGCUUAGCUAACAUCGUAUAAGAGGCAGGCUCUCUCAGUUGACAUCUAUGCAUAUGUUGCUUAUUAUUCCAUUGAGCUCUUUUUGGUUCCAAAGGAAAGUAGAAUUGAAGCAGCGCAGUUUCUUGUGCUGGCAUAGUAGAAAGAAACAUGGUAUAAGAUGCUGAUUUACCAAAAAAUGGUUCACGUCCAUGUUGUUCUGUAUGAGAAUCACAAAAGGAUGUAACAUCGUUUUUAGUUUGUAAAUUGCUAUCGCUGCAUUAUUGUGGUUGUUGGCAAAUGCUGUCUGAUCUCUCUAUUUUGUAUUUGGAAAUCCAAUCUAUUGAAUGGCUGGUCUUUUAAGCCAAGUGAACCACAAAACUUGAACAAUGUGUUGAUUUCCUCAGAUACAGUUUUAUAAGAAAUGAAAUCAAUAUAAUUUGCCACCAUUGGUGGAAAAAGAGGAGGUUUGAGCGAAAAGAACCAGCAGCCAGCCUAAACGGCCGAUGGUUCUGCGAGGUCUCACAGUAGUAGUCUGAUUAAUCUGAUCUAGUCUACAAUUUGCUAAACCAACAUGUUAUUAGCUGUAAGGGUGAACGCAAAUUAUAGUCUGAUUUAAUCUUCAACUUGAUAAAUGGACAUGCUAUUAGCUGGAGGAUGAAUGCCAACUCUAUCGGUAAAUUUGGUACCUAAUUGUUUGUAUGAUUGUCCUACUAAGCUUCCUUCAAGACCCUGUUCUUUUAUAAUCUAAAAAUACAUGUAAAAUAUAUGCAGAAUUAAGUAAGUUUCAAUCAGUAAAAGCAUUAAUCAAUAAAAAUUAGUAGCUUCAUACUUCCUCUUUUCUAAAAUAAAUGAGACUUCUCUCAUACAAUAUUUGCUUGAAAUCAAUUUUAAUCGGUAAAAAUUGACAAUAAUAUUCUGAUUUCUGCAAAAAAAAUAAGUGGAAAGAACAGACUCAGCCAUACAUUUUAUUGUUACCAAGUCCAUAUUUUCCGAGUUUUAGCAUAUGGCCAAGCAAGCAUAGGCCAGGCGUUUUUUCAUAUAUAGCCAGGCGCAAGUCUCCCAAUAUUAGAAAAAAGGGGGAAACAUAAACAAGAUGCAAGCCAGAAAGCUCAACUCCAACAAAAAAUGGUUAUGCGAGGUUAAGUCAGGAUCCAAGCAUAAGUUAAUACCGUUGAUUUCAUUACAUCAUAUUUCAAAUAUCAAUAGCCCCCAUAGUAUAUAAAUUUGUAAGUACAGUUGUCGCGUUAAGAUAAACGUGUUAUUUUCGCAAGGAAAUAUCCCAAAUGACGAUGUGAAACCUCAUUCUUGAAGAAUGUAAGAUUCAUAAUAAUACUGACAGUUUCAGGACUAGUUAAGUACGAAUGACUUGCAUGGUUACGCACCUAAUCACCAGUGGAUGCAGACGGAAGUUAGAUCACAAGCGACUUCAGAUGAUCCUUGCGCCCUACAUUUAUAGUAGGUUAACAUGCACAAUGAAAGAAAUUUCACACAACAAAAAUGCAAAGCCAACAAAUUGUCGGUAAUCCCUUGGAAUAGCACUAUAUAAUGUGCCACAAAUACCAUCCCAACUUCAUUCCCUAGAAUAUACUUUCACUGUUUCACAUCACUUUGAACUACAUCAACUUUGCAGCAAUGUACAAAUCAUACCAAGUUUCCCACCAACUCUGAGCUCGCUGGCAUGCAUUGACAGAAUGACAGCAAAUUCAAUGGAGAAGCUCCAAACAGUUCAGUCAAGCUCAAGUUAAGCAGCUUCUUGAUGACAUCCGUUUUCUCCUAAAAAACAAUGAAUCCAUCACAUCAGGUCAACAAACAGUAAUGGUCAAAAGAUUGAAUAUGUUGUAUGUCAUUAAAAAAAAAAAGGAAAG